AUGGCUUCUGGUGACACUGCGCUGUGGCUACACAACAAGUUAGGAUCUACCGACGAUUUGUGGUCAGGAAGGACUAUCUGUUCUCAGUUAUCCAGAGAUAAAUUACAGAAUAUUCAAGGAUGUUUCCACUCACUUCAACCACACGUAAAAGUGAAGCUUAUGCUGUCAUUUCUUCAUAUCCCUCGUCGGAAUGUGGAAGAGUGGAAAGAAGACUUGGAGGAGAUUCUGCUGAUGGCGUUAAAUGAUACAGACCAGUGGGUGUCCACAGUGGGUGAAGUGCUCCACAGCUACCCCAAGUCUGGUACACUUAGUCUGGAACUAGAGGAAAACCGUACCUUUUCUGAAGUUCUGGCAGAUCUCAAGAAAUAUGUGAAGAAGACCACAGAGAGUAGAAUGUUACCAAUGGAGUGUCAAUUUCUGAACAGAAAUGCUCUGGUGUCUGUUGCUGGACAACAACCACAGCCAGUAAAACAUUUCGCCCUGAAAAGAAAACCAAAGUCAGCAGCUUUAAGAGUAGAAUUGCUCCAGAAAUCCUCAGAAUAUGCCAACAACAGGAAGAAUUCUCUGCCAAACAGUCUGCCUCUGAAAGUUCGGAGCUUUGCUAAGAGAAUGGAUGAUGGAACACCAUUACGGGGCAUCCCUAACCGCACACCCCCAUCCAGUGGAUUCCGCUCUCCUGGGGCAUUGGGCAGGUUUAACAGUAACCCUUUGGGACAGACCCCUUCCACAGGUAGCAGACCAGCACCUGUCAGGAAAGGUGUCGGCAUCAAGCUGCUGGAUAUAACAGAACAGCCUGUUGGAGCUAAGGAGGCCAAGCGGAGAAGGAAACAGGCAGAAAUGGAGGCCAUGGAGCAACAGAAGAAGGAGAAAGAGGCAGCUGCAGCUGCUCAGCCUGCGACAACAACAACAGCACAAUCUUUCACUCCCGAUUAUGCUGCAGGCUUGAUAUCUCCAUCACCCGCAACAAAAGUGCUCACUGUAACAAGUAGUGCAGUCAGUGCUCUAUCCUCUGGACCGGUUUAUUUACCUAACAACAGCAGCAGGCUGUCAGUUAGUUCAGAGAACACAACACUGCCAUCAAAUAUUUUAUCAGGUGGCACCCAGCUGGCCAGAGACAAUUUACAGCAGCAUUUACAGCAUCAGCUAACUCAGUCAAAGAGUGCUCCCAGUGUGAGCCAGCCUGUGGUUAUCAGCCCUGCCCCAACUGUCCAACAGCACACAGUCACUGUGCCAACAGCCACCCCGCCACAGGCAGCACCCAAGAAAGGACUGUCACUCACGAGGGAACAAAUGUUGGAAGCUCAAGAAAUGUUUAGAACUUCAAACAAAGUUACUCGACCAGAAAAAGCUUUAAUUCUUGGAUUCAUGGCAGGAUCAAGAGACAACCCAUGUCCUCAACAAGGCGACACACUCAAUAUUCGACUCAGUGAAAACAUAGAAAAAAUCUUACACGGAGACAAUACUGAAAAAGAAGUCAUGGUAGACUCCUUCUUCCAGAUGAACUAUUCCACAGGCGAGUGGAAACGUAUCAAAAAGUUCAGAGAAAUCACAUCUUAGUGAUGGUAUGGUGCCAGCCAGUGGUGUUGAUGUAUUGUGUCUGGAUGUUAUAGUAUUAUGACUGUUUCUAUGUGAGUUAUUUGCCCCUGUUUGUAAACUGCGGCAUGUGUCCUGUUGUGAAAUCUACAGAGCUGAGACUCCAUGGUGGCAUUGUCUCUGUCUUCUGAAACCUAACAUGGCUACCAUUUGUGGGUUGUAGUCAGGUUACAAACAGUGACUCCCUGAUGACACACAGUGGACAGGUGUCCUCAUGAAGUGAAUUGAGAAUUGUGACAGCAGUGGUGGAAAAUACAGGACAGUUGUUUUAGUGGUAUUAUGAUAAUGUUGCAGAAGUAAAAUGAGUACACCUCAAUCACUUUGGUCUUGAUCACUGAUAAAAGUGCCUAGCAAACCUGGUUGUGGCUCUCACAUCAUAGAAAGCUUCCACAUUCUCAUUGUUUGACUGUUUGACACAGAACACAUUUCAUGUUUCCUGAGUUCAGAUAGGUGUCGUUUAUUGAGCAUUCCCAAAUGUACAUACAUGAUAAUAAUCUGUGAAUGAUGUAUUCUAAAAUUCUCACUUGCUGCAUUCACAUGUGCCAUUGUUGCUCAGUGGCUUUCUACUUGUGACAGAGUGUACACAAGAAUGCAGUGUUGUUGCACAGUGAAUUCCUGCUCCUAUAGAAUGUACUUAAGAAUGUGACAUUACUGUUCAGUGACAUCUUACUCCUUAUAGAAUUUACACAAGAAUGCGACAUUGUUGCACAGUGAUUUACUACUCCUGAUAGAGUGAACACCUGCUGUAACAUGCCAGUAUUUACCAGUUCUUGGUAAAUUAUCCUGUAAAAGACACAAGCUUAAUCAACUGGCAGAACUUAUCCUUGAAAUCUGUACGUACAUACAUGUAUGUUAAACCAAUUCAAUGUACAUUUAGUUUCCAGCUUUAUUAGUGUCCUAUCUGAUUGCAAAGGCCUUCUUCCUUCCAUACACGUGCACUUAUCUUCUGAAGAUCGGUGUAUGAACAUGAAAUCGGUGUACAAAUUUUGUGGCAGGAUCACUUUCAGUAACAGCAUCUAUGAGUGUUGUGAAUAAAUGUGAAGGACUGGUUAUGAGCAGCCAUUUUUUUAUUUACAUCAUACCAAUUUGUAAUACAGCUGGCACACAACCAUGGCCAUUACUCUAAGUGACAGGAUUUCAAAGGGGUUUUUCUCAAAGCUUAGACUUGUAUAUCUUUUGUUAAUUUUCCAUUAUGUGUAAUGAUGACUAAAGGUUUGUAUUGGGUCCAACAGCCAUUUCCAUAUUUAUUAUGUAACUGUACGAGCUAGGAAUUGCCUUGAAUCUCCUGGAAUCAUUGUGAUGUACUCACUGUUAUUAAUAUCAGUUCUAUGGGUCAGGCUCUCUCCAUUGUUCUGAUAUGGCUGAAGUCCUAGCAACUGUGAAUAAAAUUCUUUGAUA